CACUAGUACAUUAAAAAAUGAAAACCCAAAUCCAUUUUCACACCCUUCAACUAUUACUAUUCACACUCUCUCUCUUUUUGAACCAAUGCUUAUCUGACCCUGACCCACUUCAAGAUUAUUGCAUUGCAGAUAACAAAAACACAUUUUUCUUAAAUGGUUUACCAUGCAUUGAUCCUAAACAAGCAACUUCAUCACAUUUUGCAACAUCUUCAUUAUCAAAACCAGGUAACACAACAAACAUGUUUGGUUUUAGUGUCACACCAACAAACACUAUUAACCUACCUGGGCUUAACACAUUGGGCCUAGUUUUAGUUCGUGUCGAUAUCGCUGGAAAUGGGAUUGUACCCCCACAUUCUCAUCCACGGGCCUCAGAAGUUACUACAUGUAUUAAAGGGCUUUUACUUGUGGGCUUUGUUGAUACAUCAAAUCGUGCAUUUACUCAAAAUUUGAGCCCAGGUGAAUCAUUUGUGUUUCCUAAGGGACUUGUGCAUUUUUUGUAUAAUCGUGACUCUAAGCAACCAGCAAUUGCAAUUUCUGGUCUUAAUAGUCAGAAUCCAGGGGCACAAAUUGCAUCAAUUGCAACAUUUGCUAGUAAACCUUCUAUUCCUGAUGAAGUUCUUAAGAAGGCUUUUCAAAUUAAUGGUCAAGAAGUGGAUAUUAUUAGGAAGAAACUUGGUGGUUGAUUUGGAUGCUGGUGGAGUUUUUUCAAUUACUUCACCAUUACACUUCAUUCUUAUAUGAACUAAUACACUAUUUUUUUUGUCCUUGCAAAUAUAAUACUAAUUACUUUUGAUCUUUGUUGUUUUGUUUUAGUCUCUAAAUAUUUGGUUAUGAUUGAAUUGAUGCAUGUGAUAUAUACGACCAAUAUUUGAUUUGAGUUUCUCAAAUAUGAGUUAUAUGAGGACUAAAAUUAAUAUUGCGCAUAUUAUAGGAAUCAAUUUCAACAUUAUCAAAUUUUAUAGGGAAAAAACUAAACAACAAUGACCAAAAGUAAAAUAUGGUAUUUCUUUUAUAAAAUUGGGGUCGGGAAAUGAUGAUUAAUAAUGAUGAUAUUAAUAAUUAUUUUACAACUGUUUUAUAUAAAACUUGAACUUCGAUCUCUUAAAAUUAUAAAGUCAAACUAUUAUUAUUGAAUUGACACCUCAUGGAUGAAAAUAUGGUAUAUUUGCUAGGACUAAACAAAACAAAACAAAAAUUCUGGAAAUGAAAACAAAAUGUGAUAUUUUACGAUAAUAAACAUGUUUAAAAUUGUUCAA